ACAUGCAAAACGCCGUAGCCAAUUCCAAGCGACCUAGAGUAUGUAGCCCGAUUUAGACGAACAAUUACCCAAGCGGCGACGCAAAGUUUCACUACGCCAGGGGAGGGUCCAAGUGAAGCCACCUUUGAUUCCAUGCGACUUCCAAGAGAAUUGAGAGAUCUUAUGUACGACUACGCCAUGCGCGCUGAAGGGGAGUAUACAACAAGAAUGCGUCGAGGUCCCCAAACGGGACGCCGCAAUCAAUUUGGGCUCGAGCGGACUACCGGUAGCGGCACCCGCCAUCGUUCAAGGUUCAAUCUCCCGUUACUACGGGUUUGUAGGGACGUCAGAAAAGAAGCGAAAAGACACCUUUACCGCAACGGUGAAUUCCUUUUCGACAAGUCCCACACUCUGAAGAUCACGUAUCGUCCUGAUAGACUUCGCGCCCCAAGGACCAGGGUCGCCUUCUCCUACCUCCGCUUCGCGUGUGAUCUGCACCAUCUGCCAAUCGACCAAGGCCAGCAUUUGAUCGCUACGGCUGCUCAGGUGGCAAGUUGGACGUGAAUGCCGCACAAGACCGGAUUCUGGCAGCCAAUAUGAGGGACGCGUGCCGAAUAGAUGCACUGGAUAUUGUGUUCAUUCGUCGUAGAAGGACUAACUUCCUCGUGGACUAGCAAAAUGCUCUUCAAGCAAGGAUCCCUUAAUAUGGUUG